CAGGGCAAUGGAGGGGGCCCAUUGGGGGCAGCAACUUCCAGGGAGGGGGAAUGCCCCCCCCGCGCACCCACAUAGGAUGACUAGGGCUACGAAGCAGACCAAACUGAUGCAAGGUUUUACUGACCAUUUAGCAGCACUCGAGGCGGCCACGGCAUCCAUGCUUGCUGCAAGCAGCACUGGGGCUGCGGAGGGACCUGGCGGAGAUGGUGAGACAGCGUUGGGAUCUACAUCAGGAGGCGCCUCCGAGGACCAGGCCGGACAAAGUGGCAUCACAACUCCUGGAGGCGGACUUUUAGGUACAGUCCGACGCAGCCGGUGGCCUCGGUUUUGGCCUAUAUCUAAGGAGCAGGUGGUGCACCGAACGAUGGCCAGGCGGCUGGGCCGAGCGGGGAAUCACAAGAGACCUCACCUUCCUUGGCUAUUCCCCAUAGUGGUUGCCGUUCACAUCUGGGCGGACCAGUUUUGCAACUCAGCCAUGCGCUUCUGGUGCGACAACGUGGCAACCGUGCAGGUCAUCAACCGACAAACCUCCAAGUCCCCGAGGGUGAUGAGAUGCAGCACUUUUGGCAGCAGGCUCCCGACUCUUUCCCAAGGCCCGAGAAGAUUCCUGUCAGGCUAUGGAGCCUUGGAGUGUAGAGGCACUCGGGGCAAUCGAGGCCUCAAUAGCACCUAGGACACUAGCUUAUGGCAGAAGGGUUGAGGCCUUCCAACACUUCAGGUCACAGGCAGGGAUCGGUCAGGCCUGGCCUGCCCCACCCAAGCACCUGAUGCGGUACUUGGUACACCUCCGUGCAGGUGGGCUUGCAGUGAGCACCAUGGCCGGGCACUUGGCAGCACUAGCCUUCUAUGCGAAGGCCGGGGGU